AUGGUGGCUGCUGCUUCUGGAGGAGCAGCUUCAACGACUGACCCACAAAACCCCAAAACCAGGGAUGAGCGUUCAAGAAGACCCCCAUUGUUGCCUUCUGAAAAAGAUUAUAGUAAUGGGGUUUCAGGCAAUACAUCCAAAAGGCCUAAAUCGAGAAUUGUCUCUUCAAGAUACAUGUCCCCGUCCCCGUCGACUUCCACUUCAACCUCAAAUGCAUCUUCAGUUUCCUCAUCUUCCACCUCUUCUAGAAGGUAUCCGUCCCCAUUGGUUUCGAGAAACUCGACCUCGGUUUUGAACACGCCUUCGUCGGGCCUGAAGAGGUCUGUUUCUGUGGACCGCCGGCGUCCCGUAGCACGUGAUCUUGAUUCCAAGCAGAGCAAUUGCACUGAGGUCUCAGCUGCCACAAAGCUUUUGGUCACUUCUACUCGGAGAUUAUCUGUUUCCUUUCAAGGUGAAGCGUUUUCGCUACCCGUUAGUAAGACUAAGGUGGCCCCACCUUCGCCUAAUUUGAGUAGUGUGAGGAAGGUCACGUCGGAGAGGAGGAGCAGUACUCCAUCGAGAGGGAAGGGCGGUGGAGGAGGAGAUCAAGUGGAGAAUGCUAAGCCAGUCGAUCAGCAUCGAUGGCCAGCGCGGAACCGGCUAGUGAAUCCAUUGUCGAGGAGUUUGGAUUGUAGUGGUAGUGGUGAUGAGAAAAGUAUGCUCACCGGAUCUGGAAAUGGGAUUCGAGCAUUGCAACAAUCGACGAUUGAUGAGGGUAGGGCGUCGCAUUUGGGCAGUUCCCAGCUUCUUAAGGAGGCACCAGAUGGAAAUUCGGUAAAUAACGAGUCAUCUGUGCAAUCUGAUCUCACUGCAUCUGAUACGGAUAGUGUAUCCUCCGGUAGUACUUCAGGAGUUCAAGAAUGUGGCGGGGCAUCCCAUGGCCUUAAUGGGCCUCGCGGAAUUGUUGUUUCGGCAAGAUUUUGGCAAGAAACUAAUAGUCGAUUAAGGAGGUUGCAGGAUCCAGGUUCACCCCUAUCCACAAGUCCUGGGUCCAAGUUGAUUGUGCCGCCAAAAUUGAAGAAGUAUCCCAGCGAUGGUCCAUUAUCGUCCCCACGAAUGAUCUCUUCUCCUAUUCGUGGAGGUAUUAGAGCUGCAUCUCCGAGCAAGCUUAAUACACAUGUUAGAUCAUCUCCAUCCCGUGGAAUUAGUCCAUCUCGGGUCAGAAAUGCUGUUAGUACCAUUAGCAAUAAUUUUAGUGAGGCACCCUCAGUUCUUAGUUUUUCUGUUGACGUUAGGAGGGGGAAGGUCGGAGAGAACCGGAUUUUUGAUGCACACUUGUUGAGGCUUCUGUAUAAUCGACACCUGCAGUGGCGAUUUGUAAAUGCUAGAACUGAAGCUGUCCUGCAGGUGCAGAAACACGGUGCUGAGAAAAAUCUAUGGAAUGCAUGGAUAACAAUCUCAGAUCUACGUGACACUAUCACCAAAAAAAGACACAGAUUGCAAUUGCUGAGGCAAAAGUUAAAACUAGCCUCCAUUCUCAAGGGUCAAAUGUCCUUUUUGGAAGAUUGGUCUUCUUUGGAUAAAGACCACUCAAUUUCUUUGCUGGGAGCUAUUGAAGGUUUGAAGGCUAGCACUCUCCGUCUUCCGAUUGUUGGAGGAGCAAUUGCCGACCUGCAAAGCGUGAAAGAUACUAUUAGUUCCACAGUUGAUGUAAUGCAGACAAUGGCAUCCUCAAUAUGUUCACUUCUGACUAGGGUCCAGGAAGUGAACUCAUUGGUGACUGAACUUGCAAAAAUCAUUGCUAAAGAGCGUGCUCUACUUGAACAGUGCAUGUAUUUUAUAUCCAUGCUAGCAGCAAUGCAGGUUAAAGAAACUAGUUUGAGAACGCAUAUGCUACAACAUGACUGUGUAUCAUCAGCCUGA